GCCAACUACUACCGACUAAUUCCUAAACCACUUAGACAAGCAACCAUUCACUACCACCAAAAUGAGUUUGAUUGAAAUUACUACUCCCAGUGUAGAGAGACCAUUUGGUUUAUACCUUUGGCCCAUUUUCAAUUUUAUUUUUGAUAAAGUAGUGGGAUUCCCAGCCGAUGAGUUUGAAUUUGUUUAUCAUGAAACAUUUUUAGCUAAUGGAAUUCAUGCAAUUAGUAUAAUUAUUAUUUAUUAUAUUAUUAUAUUUGGAGGUAGAUGGAUUAUGAAUGAAUUUAAAAUUCUGGCUUUUAAAUUAAACUUUCUUUUCCAAUUACAUAAUAUUACUUUAACCAUUAUUUCUGGUAGUUUAUUAUUAUUAUGUAUUGAACAAUUAGUUCCAAUUUUAUAUUAUCAUGGAUUAUUUUAUGCUAUUUGUCAUGAAAAGGCUUUUACUCAAAAAUUAGUUACUUUAUAUUAUUUGAAUUAUUUAACUAAAUAUUUGGAAUUAAUCGAUACCGUAUUCCUUGUAUUAAAGAAAAAGAAAUUAUUAUUCUUACAUACUUAUCAUCAUGGUGCAACUGCUUUAUUAUGUUAUACUCAAUUAACUGGUUCAACUUCAGUUGAAUGGGUUCCAAUUACUUUAAAUUUAGGAGUUCAUGUAGUUAUGUAUUGGUAUUAUUUCUUAAGUGCUCGUGGUAUUAGAGUUUGGUGGAAAGAAUGGGUUACUAGAUUCCAAAUCAUUCAAUUCUUAAUUGAUUUAGUCUUUGUUUAUUUUGCUACUUAUACUCAUUAUGCAGCUUCUUAUUUCCAAUGGUUACCUCAUGUUGGUGACUGUUAUGGUUCGGAAUUAGCUGCUUUCUAUGGUUACUUAAUCUUAACAAGUUAUUUAGUAUUAUUCAUUUCUUUCUACAUUCGUGUUUACAAAUCAAAGGAUAAUAAGAAGUCAGCUAAAAAAGUUGAAACUCCAGCCUCAGAAUCUUCUGCUACCGCUACUGGUUCUACUACAUCAGCUGGAUCAAAAGUCACCAAAAGAAAGGCUUAAGCCUCUGGUAUUUAUUAGAUAAUUAUGAUUGAGUUCUUAAACUAUACUUGUUUGAAACAUAAUCAUAAUCCUAUACACAUUCAUAUUCAUCAUCAUUAUCAUCAUCAUCAUCAUCAUCAUAUAUAUAUAUAGAUAGAUAAGUUCUCCAUAUCCCCCUAAUCACAAAAUGUUAAAUUAAUAUACGUAAUUUUCUAACCUAAUUUU